AUGAUGCGGUCGCAGCUAAACACAUAUUAUAAUGACCUGUGCAAGCAAAUGUUGAGCGCCCAACAUCGUGGAGAGUUUUGUGAUCUUGACAUUGUAUGCAACGGCCAUACAAUACCGGUCCACAAAGUCAUCAUCUGCUUGCAAUCUCCAGUCAUCAAAGCAGCAUGUACUGGUUCGUUUGCGGAGUCCUGUGGGAGAUACGAAAUCAAAGACUGCUCUUAUGAAACCGUCCAAGGAAUGGUAGACUAUCUAUACACGGGCAAUUAUGACACUUACACCAAAGAAUUACCCAAAGGGCAAUCCGAGAAGCCGGGGGAGAUUGUACCGGGGCAGCGCGAUGUGCUUUGCGAAUUAGUCCAGCACGUGAAAAUGUUUGGCCUCGCAGACAAGUAUCUCAUCGACGGGCUUCUUGAGUUAUCAAGGAAUAAAUUCAAGAAGACAGUCAGGGAUGAGCGGGACACGUGCGCAUUUUCCCAGUUCGUGGCCGAGGUGUAUGACUUACAAUGCGAGUCAAGCAAAGAACUGCGUGAUAUCGUGGUUGAGUCUUUCAGAGAGAGAGUCGCGGUGACUCCGCUGAAACCCAACGUCCAGGAGGCUGUGGAUGGUUUAAUAGACGAGAUUCCCGAAUUCGCGGGCGAUUUGGCCAGGUCAUAUCUGCGACGGCCAAUACUGGGACACUGCACCACUUGUGGGACUCACAAGUUGGUUUCAAUAUCGACGCUGCAGUGCAGGUGUGAGGAAUGUGGAAAAGGCGGCGCGACGCCUUUGGGAUCUUGGUACGAAGGAAAAUCAUACUGA